AUGAAGGAGCCCGACGCCAUCAAACUCUUCGUGGGGCAGAUCCCGCGGCACCUGGAGGAGAAGGACCUCAAGCCCAUCUUCGAGCAGUUCGGCAAGAUCUACGAGCUCACCGUCAUCAAGGACAAGUACACCGGCAUGCACAAAGGAUGCGCCUUCCUGACCUACUGCGCCCGCGAGUCGGCCCUGAAGGCGCAGAGCGCCCUGCACGAGCAGAAAACCCUCCGGGGGUGAAUGAACCGGCCCAUCCAGGUGAAGCCGGCGGACAGUGAGAGCCGAGGAGAGGACCGCAAGCUCUUCGUGGGGAUGCUGAGCAAGCAGCAGGCGGACGAGGACGUGCGCAAGAUGUUCGAGCCCUUCGGCACCAUCGACGAGUGCACGGUGCUGCGCGGGCCCGACGGCACCAGCAAAGGCUGCGCCUUCGUCAAGUUCCAGAGCCACGCGGAGGCCCAGGCCGCCAUCGCCGCCCUCCACGGGAGCCGCACCCUGCCGGGCGCCUCCUCCAGCCUGGUGGUGAAGUUUGCGGACACGGAGAAGGAGCGGGGCCUGCGGCGGAUGCAGCAGGUCGCCAGCCAGCUGGGCAUGUUCAGCCCCAUCGCCCUCCAGUUCGGCGCCUACAGCGCCUACACGCAGGCGCUGAUGCAGCAGCAGGCGGCCCUGGUGGCCGCCCACUCGGCCUACCUCAGCCCCAUGGCCACCAUGGCCGUCCAGAUGCAGCACAUGGGCACAGUCAACCCCAACGGGCUCAUCGCCACCCCCCUGCCCCCCUCCUCAGGAACCAGCACGCCGCCGGCCAUGGCCGCCACGCCGGUGCCCGCCAUCGCGGCCCCGCUGAGCGUCAACGGCUACAGCCCGGUGCCGGCGCAGCCCGCGGGACCCCCCGCCCCCGAGGCCGUCUAUGCCGGCGGGGUCCCCCCCUUCCCAGCCCAGAGCCCCGCCGCCCCCGGGGACCCCCUGCAGCAAGCCUACGCCGGCAUGCAGCACUACACAGCCGCCUACCCGGCAGCCUACGGGCUGGUGAGCCCGGCCUUGCCCCCCGGGGCCCCUGCUCGCCCCCCCGCCCCCCCGCAGCAGCAGCAGCAGCAGCGCGAAGGCCCCGAGGGCUGUAACAUCUUCAUCUACCACCUGCCCCAGGAGUUCGCCGACACCGAGAUCCUGCAGAUGUUCCUGCCCUUCGGCAACGUCAUCUCCGCCAAGGUCUUCGUGGACCGCGCCACCAACCAGAGCAAGUGCUUCGGCUUCGUGAGCUUUGACAACCCGGCCAGCGCCCAGGCGGCCAUCCAGGCCAUGAACGGCUUCCAGAUCGGGAUGAAGCGCCUCAAGGUGCAGCUCAAGAGGCCCAAAGACGCCAACCGGCCGUACUGA